UUCAUUUUGUGUUCGUCAUAUAAUCAUCAUUUAUUCACAUAUAUACCAAUACUUUAUAAUGACUGCUAGUACUAAGUUUUCCAAGUUGGAAAGAGAAGCUCCUGAUCCUAUUGUUCAUACCAUGAAUCAAUAUUUUGCAGAUCCUGAUGCAAGAAAGGUUGAUGUUUCCAUCGGAGUCUAUAAAUCUGAACAAGGGGGAUCCUAUUUAUUCCCAUCUGUGGCUAAAGCUAAAGAAAUCUUGAGAAAUAAUGACCCAGGUCAUAAUUAUACUAAUAUGUCUGGUAUUCCUGAAUUCAUUAAUGGAGCUAGAAGUGCUAUUUUUGGCGAUGAUAGAGCUAAACAAGGUCAUUUAGCUUCUUUACAAACUAUUUCCGGUACUGGGGCUUUACAUAUUGCAUUUGUAUUCUUAAGAGAAGCAGGUUAUACUAAUUAUUAUCUUGGUUUACCAAGUUGGUCAAAUUAUAUUCCAAUGAUUGAACAUGUGGGCGGUAAAGUUCAAACUUAUACUCAUUAUGAUGAAGUUACUAGAAAGGUCGAUUUCAAUUCAGUUAUUGAAAAUUUAGAGUCAGCUCCAUCUGAUUCAGUAUUCUUAUUCCAAACUUGUUGUCAUAAUCCUACUGGGGCUGAUUUCACUAAAGAUCAAUGGAUUCAAAUUGCUGAUAUUGUUAAAAGAAGACAAAUUUUAGUAUUAUUCGAUACCGCUUAUCAAGGUUUUGCUUCUGGUGAUAAAGAUGUUGAUGUUUCUCCAAUAAGGCACUUUUAUGAUUUAAAUUUAGAAUUUGUCGUUACUCAAUCAUUCGCCAAGAAUUUAGGCUUAUAUGGGGAAAGAGUUGGUGCUCUUCAUGUUGUGGUUCAAGAUAAAGAUUAUGUUCCAAAUGCUCAAAGUACUCUUACUGCUCUUUUCAGACAGGAGUGUUCAUUUGCUCCUGCUUUUGGUGCAAGAGUUGCUUCUAUUAUUUUCCAAUCUCCUGAAUUAUUACAAGUGUGGAAAAAUGAUGUAGCUGAAAUCACUGAAAGAUUGCUUGAUAUCAGAAAACAAAUCCAUGAUAGAUUAUCUAAAUUAAAUACUCCAGGAAAUUGGGAUCAUGUCUUGAACCAACAAGGGUUAUUCUGGUAUUCUGGUUUAACUCCAGCCCAAAAUGAAAGAUUAAUCUCUCAUCAUCAUGUUUACUCAACUUCUAUUGGUAGAGUUAAUAUCGCUGGUGUUAAUAAUUCUAAUGUUGAUUACUUUUGUCAAGCCUUAGAUGAAGUAGUUAGAAACUCUUCUUAAUAUUAAUUUAAUUUAACUACUUUCUCGUUAAACAUGCUAAUUUUUUAUUUUCUAUAUAUAUGCAAAUAAAAAACUAUCAAAAAGGG